UGUCACAGCAGCGAGUGGUAGAAUGGGACAAACAUCUCUUCAAUGGCUGAUCUUUCUGACCUCACUGCUGAGCUGCACAACAAACCAGGCUCGUCUCACUGUGAGUCCCAGCAGCUCUCAGAUGUUUGAAGGAGAGUUUGUCUCUCUGAGCUGUGAGGAGGACGAACCCUCUGGAUGGACUCUGAGGAGAAACACGACCAGAGGAACCAGGACUCAGUGUGGAGAUGGAUGGGGAAAAACUGCUGGUUCCUCCUGUAAGAUCAGCUACAUUCUCCCAGAGGCCAGUGGAGUCUACUGGUGUGAGUCCAGAGAGGGAGAAACCAGUAACACCAUCAACAUCAGCGUCACUGGUGGACCAGUGAUCCUGAGGAGUCCUGUCCUCCCUGUGAUGGAGGGACAUGACGUCACUCUGUCCUGUAGGACAAAGACGUCCUCCAACCUCCCAGCUGGUUUCUAUAAAGAUGGCUCCUUCAUCAGGACUGAGCCUGAAGGUCACAUGACCAUCCAGCAUGUUACCAAGUCUGAUGAAGGCCUCUACAGGUGUAACAUGACGGGUGGAGAGUCUCCACCCAGCUGGCUGUCUGUCACAGGUCAACCGACAACCACGGCCCCGCCCCCUGCCUCAACAUUGACUCCUCCCUCUACAUCAGCCCCGCCCCCUGCAUCAGAUCCCUCCCACCUUGUGUUCAGACUGGUCUGCCACCUGGUGGUGUUCUGUCCGUACUGCAUCUCCACUUUCAUCAUGGUGUCUUUAUAUCGACACAAGCCCAGAGGAAGUGACCUGCCCGUCUCCAUGGUGAUGACCCCGCCCACUCAGGCUGAGGAGGGAUUGGAUGAUGACUAUGAUGACAUCAUCACUGCUGCCACCACGGAGCAUCACUUCUGACCGGAUCUGACGUGAAGCUAAAAUGAUUCAAGUCCUUCUUGGUUGAGAAACGGUGGAGGACCCAGAACGCUUCCCUGUGGAACUCCACUUGACUUGUAGACGGAUGAUGUUGAGCUCUAAACGCUUCUUAUCUUCUAAUUUAAGCAUCUCUGUGAAAGCAGGUAGCUAAGUCAGGUUAACUGAAGCCUGUUAACUCAGAGAAAGACUGACUCUGUUGAACUUAACUCAAGAUACAGAAUGUUCUGCAGAGCAGUCGACGUGUUUUUGGUCCAAAUUAAA